UAAUCGUUUUUCUCAUUCUCGCUAUUUACUUCAGUCCCUUUCACUUUAAUCGUUUUUCAUUCAAAUACAAAGCUUUAAAUGAUUCAUACAAUGUAAAUGCUUUAAUUGAUUCAGUGAUUAAAUACAGAGAUUGAUUUUUCAACUUGUACAAGGAUUAGAAAUUAGGUUUCUAUCGAUUCAGCGAUUGAUUAGGUUUUUUUCAUCGAUUGAUACAGAGAUCAAUCAAUAUCAACAAUCGAUUUUUUCACCGAUUCGAGGUGAAGUUAACAGUUUACAGUGAUAUACCUCAUUUUCAAGUGAAGAACUUCAUUCUGAUUUAGAAUGCUAACUUGUGGUUCAUUCUGAUUUAAGACUGCUAACUUGUGCUUCUGAUCAGGAUUACCAUCAGAUAGUUCAUCAUUUUGCUCUGACUGCGAGGCUGAAAUUAAUUGAAAACCUAAGAGAAUAAGGAGAAAAAUGAGGGGCUUCAUGGUGUUCAUGGAUUAAGUGAAUGAGCGUGGAUCUACAGUUUGAAAGAAAUACUGUCACCAGUUGAUCUGUCGAGGUUAAGUUUGACCAGAGAACAAAAUGUGGGGGCUGAAGAUCGGAGAAGACACUGUCAACAGUCACAGUGAAGCUUCAUCCUUAGGGUUAAGGACUGUCAACAAUCACGCCGGCCGUCAAGUCUGGGAGUUUUGUGGAGAUGAUGAGGCUGAGACUAAUUCAGAUGAGCUUACUCUUCUGGAAAAUGCUCGCUCUCAAUUCCGCCAGAAUCGGUUCAAUCAGAAACAUAGCUCCGAUCUUCUCCUCAGAAUUCAGUUUGCGAAGGAAAACCAGAGCGGUUACAGUUUGAAUGAAUUGCCGCCCCAAGUGAAAGUGGAUGAAGAAGUGACAGAGGAGGCUGUCACAACUACCUUAAGAAGAGCUCUUCAUUUUUAUUCGACUCUUCAGUCCCGGGACGGUCAUUGGCCAGGCGACUAUGGCGGCCCUUUGUUUUUACUUCCUGGUCUCGUCAUCACUCUGGCCAUCACUGGAGUUCUUAAUACUGUUUUGUCUAUACAGCAUCAAUUUGAAAUGUGCAGAUAUUUAUACAACCACCAGAAUAGAGAUGGUGGUUGGGGUCUUCAUAUUGAGGGCCCUAGUACCAUGUUUGGUACUGUUCUUAACUACAUUACCUUGCGGUUGCUUGGUCAACUUGCUGACAGUGGGGAGAUGGAAAUGGCUCGCACCUGGAUCUUGGAUCAUGGUGGUGCUACUGCUAUCACUUCUUGGGGGAAAAUGUGGCUUACGGUGCUCGGGGUAUAUGAGUGGUCUGGGAAUAAUCCACUACCACCUGAAGUAUGGCUAUGUCCUUACCUUCUCCCAGUACAUCCAGGAAGGAUGUGGUGCCAUUGUCGAAUGGUGUAUUUACCCAUGUCAUAUCUAUAUGGGAAGAGGUUUGUUGGCCCUAUUACACCAACAAUUGUAUCUUUGAGAAAAGAGUUGUAUGCGGUUCCUUACCAUGAAAUAGAUUGGAACACAGCUCGGAAUACAUGUGCAAAGGUUGACCUAUAUUAUCCACAUCCCCUAGUUCAGGAUAUUCUCUGGGCAUCUCUUCACUAUGCAUAUGAGCCUAUUUUCAAAUGGUGGCCUGUUAAAAAGUUGAGGGAGAAGGCUUUGAAUACUGUAAUGCAGCAUAUUCAUUAUGAAGAUGAGAACACUCGGUACCUUUGCAUAGGGCCUGUCAACAAGGUGUUGAAUAUGCUUUGUUGUUGGGUUGAAGAUCCACUCUCUGAAGCAUUUAAACUGCAUCUUGCAAGGCUGUAUGAUUAUUUAUGGAUUGCUGAAGACGGCAUGAAAAUGCAGGGUUAUAAUGGAAGUCAAGCAUGGGAUACUACUUUUGCUGUUCAAGCAAUUAUUUCUACAGACCUUGGUCAAGAAUAUGGUCCAACCUUAAGAAAAGCACACGAGUUUAUAAAAAAUUCGCAGGUGCUAGAGGAUUGUCCUGGAGAUCUAAAUUACUGGUAUCGCCACAUUUCUAAAGGUGCUUGGCCAUUCUCGACUGCAGAUCAUGGAUGGCCCAUUUCGGACUGCACUGCGGAAGGGUUAAAGGCUGUGGUAUUGUUGGCAAAACUUCCAGAGGAAAUAGUUGGGAAACCAUUAUGCGCGAAGCAGAUGUAUGAUGCUGUAAAUGUUAUCAUUUCCCUACAGAAUGCUGAUGGCGGCUUUGCAACAUAUGAAUUGACAAGGUCCUACCGAUGGUUGGAGCUAAUCAACCCUGCUGAAACGUUUGGUGACAUUGUCAUUGAUUAUCCAUAUGUAGAAUGUACAUCGGCAGCAAUCCAAGCUUUGACAUCAUUCAAGAAAUUGUACCCUGGCCAUAGGCGAGAAGAAAUAGAUAAUUGCAUUUUCAAAGCUGCAAAGUUCAUUGAAGAGAUUCAAGCAAAAGAUGGUUCAUGGUAUGGAUCCUGGGGAGUUUGCUUCACUUAUGCUGGGUGGUUUGGGAUAAAGGGUUUGAUUGCUGCUGGUAGGACAUAUAAUAGUUCUUACAGCAUUCGUAAAGCUUGCGACUAUUUGUUGUCAAAAGAGCUCUCCACCGGUGGCUGGGGAGAGAGUUACCUAUCAUGUCAAAACAAGGUCUAUGCAAAUCUUGAAGACGAUAGACCGCACAUAGUUAAUACUGGAUGGGCUAUGUUAGCACUCAUUGAUGCUGGGCAGGCUGAGAGAGAUGCAACGCCACUGCACCGUGCAGCAAGGAUACUGAUAAAUUCUCAAAUGGAGAAUGGAGAUUUUCCCCAACAGGAGAUCAUGGGAGUUUUCAACAAGAAUUGUAUGAUCAGCUAUUCUGCAUAUCGAAAUAUAUUUCCCAUAUGGGCCCUUGGAGAAUAUCGUUGCCGAGUAUUGCAAGCUCUUUAAAUCUAUAAGUGUUACCAUUACUUUCUAGUAACAACCUUCCAGAUGGAGAUUUUAAUGUUCUUCGGAAGUUGCUAGCAGUUUCUGUAAUUGGAGUUCCAGAUGGUGAUUUUAAUUUUCAUUUGUCGUUGACGUUAUUAAUUGGAAUCGCUAGUAGUUUCUGUAAUGAUUGAUAUGGUUAAUAAAAAAAUGAAAAAACAAUGGAAAGUUGCCAUUUCUAUA